AUGUCCAGCUUUGAGCGUAUGAGCAAAGCCGCCCCCUCUGGUGGCUACAUCUGCACGCUGUCCGAGGAAGACCUCGCCUCGCAGAGAGGUGUGAUUUGGGACCUCGUCAAGUCCUUUGGCAAGAAUCUCGUCGCCGCCAAGGAACUCACAAGCAUUUCGAUGCCCGUGCGUCUCUUUGAGCCCCGUUCCUAUCUCGAGCGUCUCACCGACGGCUGGUGGUCCGGCCCCACGUUCCUCAACAAAGCUGCGCACACAUCGGACCCCGUUGAGCGCCUCAAACUGGUGAUGACCUUUGCCGUGAGCGGCUUCUUCAACACCGUCGAAAACCAGAAGGGCAAGCCCUUCAACCCCGUUCUGGGCGAGACCUACCAGGCGAGCUUCGAGGACGGCACGCGCAUCUACGCUGAGCAGGCCUCGCACCACCCGCCCAUCACCUGCUGGCAGGUGUAUGGCCCCGAGGACUGCUACCACUUCUACGGCUUCGGCGAGUGGUCCGCCUCGUUCCGCGGCAACUCUGUCAAGGGACACCAGGCCGGACCCAACAUCAUCAACUUUGCCGAUGGUGGCUGCAUCACAUAUUCCCUGCCCGAGGCUCACGUGGGCGGUAUUCUGUUUGGCGAGAGGAUCAUCGAGUACCUGGGCACCAUCGACUUCCGCGAUGAACAGAACGGACUCUCUUGCGAUCUGGUGAUCAACCCCAACGAACAGAAGAUGUUCAGCAGCUUCUUCUCCUCCAAAAAGAAGGUUCCCACGGACUACCUGCGCGGCGAAAUCGUGCGCUUCAAGAACAAGGAAGACAUAAAGAAGCCCAAGUCCAAGGUGCCAGAGAGCGACUAUGAAGUAGUUUGCAAGGUCCAGGGCAGCUGGCUGUCGUGCAUUGAGUUCGAUGGUGAGAGGUUCUGGGAAUGGAACGACUCGAAGCUCAAGAUCUACACACCCAUCCCGGUCGACGACCCUCUGCCCUCGGACUCCCGGUUUCGGGAGGACUGCAAGUACCUCGCCAAGGGCGACCUCGAAACAGCCGGCGAUUGGAAGAGGAAGAUCGAGCAGAAGCAGAGGAGUGAGGCUGCGUUGAGGAAGGAGGGAUACGAGAUCCGGAAGAAGGAGAACGCCAAGGGCACCAACGAGACGAAGGAGAAGAGAAUUUUGACGGUGAGCACCAUUAAGAAGCGCCUGGACGAAAUCGAGGAGGCCGCCGGCAAGGAGAACGGAGAGGCGGGCAAGGGCAAGACGGCUGCCUAG